CUCUUCUUCAGACAAUGACGUCACCAAAAUGGAGGGAUGUCCUCGAUCUUCGAUGCUAAAUGUGGACUUAAAAGAAACAUUUCCUACAGAAUUUACCCCUUCACUAAAAACGUAUAUCCGAGAGCACUACAACGAGGAUGCCGACUCGUACAAGAACGAAUGCUCUCAAUUGGAACAACUUCGAACGGCUUCUCAGCGCCCAUCACAUGAUCACUCUGGGUGCAGCACUCUUCGGCGAUACUAUGCUCAACUACAAUUCCUUCAGUCAAGGUUCCCAUUGGGUGAGGGAGGAGCAGUCAGCGUGCAGUUCACAUGGACUGAUCUCUAUUCUGAAGAACCAAUAUCAUUAUGUGACAUAAAAUUUGAACAAGGAGCAAUACUUCAUAAUUUAGCUGCCCUGCACUCCCAGCUUGGUUGUCAAGAAGACAGAACAGCAGAAGAGGGAAUGAAGGUGGCCUGCACUCAUUUCCAAGCUGCAGCUGGUAUUUUUCAGCACCUCAAGGUUGGCUCUUUCUGUAAAGUUGAACAUUUUAUUGAUAAUUUUGCUAGUGAUGCAUUUUUUGACAUGGCUGGUGGUUUACUUCAAUUGUACACCAAUGUGAUGUUGGGUCAAGCUCAGGAGUGUUUAUUGGAGAAGUCAAUUUUAGAUUCACGCAAGGAUUCACUCAUAGCAAGAAUAAGUAUGCAGGUACAUGAUUAUUAUAGACAGGCUCUGCAGUUUUUGGAUACUCAAGGCCCAUCAUUUAUGGGUUCAAGGAAAGCCAAGAUUUGGACGAAGAAUUUAAAGAUCAAGUGCUGUCAAUAUCUUGCUGUUGCAUAUAUAUACAUGUCAAAUAAUGCAGAUGAAAGUCAGAAGUUUGGUGAAAAGGUUACUUAUCUAAAAGCAGCAUCCCAAAAGAUAACAGAGGCACAGAAGGCAUCCAAGGGACAACCAGAAAAAACUCUGGAGUUGUUACAGUUUCUUGUUGAUGUUGUGAGUAACAAGUUACAGGGUGCAGUUAAGGACAAUGACUUUAUUUACCAUGAAGUUGUACCAGAACUUGAUACCUUACCAGAAAUUAAAGCUGCACCUCUUGUCAAGCCCAUUCCAUUCCAGGCAUGUGACCCAAGUGUGGCUGGGCCAGAUAUUUUCCAAAGACUCAUACCUAUGGAGGCUCACACUGAUUCAUCCCUGUACAGUGAAGAGAAAGCAAAACUACUCAGAAGAUAUGUGAGUUCUAUUGAGCAGAAAAAUCAGCUGUUAAGCAAAGCCUUAGGAGAUCUGCACAUUGAUGAUUUACUGGAACCUGAAGGAUAUGACACCCUUCCAGCUGUUAUCAAGCAGAAGAGUGAUUCUCUGACGAAAGAUGACAACUCUUUGAAAGGUGUUGAAAAUAACAUUGAAGAACUGACAAAGGUAGGCUCCAAGGUGGAAGAUAUUUUGACAUCCCUUGCUAAAAUGCUGGAGGAGGAUAAACAAAAAGAGAACGAACUGACGGAACUUGUAGGUCCGAUGGCCCCUCCUGCAGAGAGAAAGGAUUUUGAGAAAGAUCUUGAACAAUGCCAGGAAUCACACAAGAAGGCAACACAGACAAACACUGAGUUGUUGAAGGUAUUCCAGGAGCACAAACAUAACUUGGACUUGUUAACAGGACCUUCUGAAGGACUGAUAGCUGCUUUACCAUCUCUAAACAUUAUAGACACUCCCAUUGAUGAUGGAGCAGUUCAACGUCUUAGAGAUCUCAUUUCUAAGGUGGACCUAAUGAAAUCCCAGAGGAAACAGUUUGAAGCAGAGUUACGGAAGCAGUUGGCAGAUGAUGACAUCACACAACUACUUGUGACAAGGGAAGACGGAAACAAGAUGGUUUUCUUUGAAGAGCAGCUGAAGAAACAUGAUGGCACAUGUGCCCUGAUUCAAGCCAACCUGGAUGCUCAGCCUAAAAUUUUAAAAGCUCUGACUGAAGCAAAUGCCAAAUACGCACCAACAAGGCAGGCAGUGAAAGAAACAGCUCAAAGGCGAGAUGAUGCAGUAAAGUCAUUUGUUUUGUCCCAUGAUACAUUUUUGGAACUGAAAGAAAAGCUGAGCCGUGGACUGCGGUUCUACCAGGGCCUGGAGAAGACUGUUUUGAAAUUAGAAGAGAAGCUCAAAGAAUUCUAUGAAACUCGAAAGAAAGAAAUGGCUAAAAUCGAGGAAAAGGAGAAAAAGGCCAAAGAGAAAGCCAAACCACCACCUGCUCGUCCCGAUGCAGCCAAACCAGAUCACCUUGUUCAUCCACCAGCAUCUAGUGUGCCAGGCCCCCCACCAAGUCAGUAUCCUGGAGGAUUAAUGAUACGUAACCCUGGCGUAAGGCCAGGAACUCCCAAUCCUACACCACAAGGGGUUCCUCUUCACCCAAGGAUCCCUGGUGGAGCAAUCCCUCCAGGUACAUUUCCAGGAGCAACUUCCCCGCUUUCAACUGAUGGAAGAUUUUACCCGUCUGUUGCACCUGGAGGUCCUAUGAGGCCACCUGUUCCAUCUGGUGACCCAAGAUUACCAGCUCCAGAGCAUGUUCCUGGUGAGUUAUCCAGGACUCUUUCUGAUUCUGGACCUCAGUACAACUUUCCAGAUCAAAGGAUCCCUCAGCCACCUACUUCACAAGCCGCUGGACCUACUGUGCAUCCAUCCAUGCAGCCACGUCAUGCAGUUCCAUUCACGCAAGUUGGUCCAAGGGGUUCUGUGCCUGCUGAGCGUCUAAUUCAUUCAACACCAAGGAUGUCAUAUCCUGUACCUGUCAGACCUUCCUUCCCACCAGUGAGUCAACCAGGAUUUCAGCCUGGUCUUCCAGGAGGCCCCCUCCAAAUACCACGACCACCUCAGCCUCAUUUUGCAGCUGGUCAAGUGUCAGGCCCAAAUGCUGUUCAAGGAUUACCAUCAUAUGAUCAAGCUAAACUCAUUUCUGGAUCCCCACAGUUGAGCAGAACCCAGCAGCCACCCACUCAAGCUCAACAAAACUGGCCACACGGACAAAAUCCUGCCACGUCCCAGCAGGCGUUUACUCCUCAACAACAGUAUCAAUCUCCAAGAGGACCGCAUCCAACAUCCCAACCACAGUAUCCCAGCCAGGCUGGGUCACCCCAAGGGUUCCAGCAGCCAACUCCACUGAGUUCAAUGUCACAAACUCCUCAAUCUGUACCAAGUCAACCUUCACGGAACUGGCGAAGCCAGCCGUUCCAGUUUCCCAAGCUAGCUCAACAACCCAUGCGUCCUCCACAAAAUUUACAACCUCAACAACCUUUGCAGCCUCAGCAAUCUCGUCAUCCACAGCAGCCAUUGCAACCUCAGCAACCUGUGCAUCCUCAGCAGCCGUUACAGCCUCAGCAAACUCUGCUUCCUCAGCAGCUGCUGCAACCUCAGCAACCUCAGCAACCUCUGCGUCCUCAGGAGCCAUUGCAUCUUCAGGAACCUCUGCAUCCUCAACAACCGUUGCAGCCUCAGAAAGCUCUGCAUCCUCAGCAGCCAUCAGUGCUUCAGCAACCCAUGCAGCCUCAACAACCAUUGCAAUCCCAGCAACUGUUGCAACCUCAGCAACAGUUUCAACAACCACAGCAACUGUACCAGGGACAACAACAACCACCACCAACACAUUCCCAGCAACAGUACCGCCAGUCUUCACCAAGCCAAACACUACUUCAACAGCCCCUUCAGCCUCAAAAUUUGCCACCAGCAAGGCCGCAGAUGCAGCAUCCACUCCAGCCUCAAUCACAAUCUCAACCACCACGAACUUCCCAACAAACUUCUCAGUUUCAACAACAACAACAACAACAUCAGGGCCAACAAUUAUCACAGCCUCCACGGCAAUUUCAGCAGUCCAUGCAACAGUUACAACAGCCACCACAGCAUCAGCAACAGUUCCCCAAACAACAACAGAACAAGGAUUCCUUACAACAGCCGCAUCAGUUUCAACCAACUCUUCAAGGGCAAAGUCAGUCCCCUCAAUUGCCUCCUCAACAGCAACAAUUUCAGUCACCAUUACAGCCCCAACAGAAUUUCCAGCAACCAGUACAACCUCUUCAACCGCAGAAGCCUCAGACACAUUCACAAUAUUUGCAACCUUUUCAACCUAAUCAGUCUCGACAACCAAUACAGGAACAAAAGUUUUCAAAAGAUGUACUUCCACAGCAAUCACCUUACCCGGGGCAGCAAACGUCGCAGAAUUUACAAACAUCUCAAGCACCAGUGAAGCCUCCUCAAAGUCAGUCUCAGAUUAGUCAGUCUCAGAUUAGUCAGUUGUCGGGAGCAUCGUGGCAGCAACAAUUGUCUGACCACCCAUCAAAGGUAUCCAGACCAGGCUAUCAUCCUCAACAAUCUCAUACAGGUUAUAGUCCUGGUCAACGGCCACUUCACGCCAGUAGUCAGUCAGUCCAACUUGACUAUCCCUUUCAAGGAGACAAACAACGUUCACAGAUUACUCAAUCACAACCAACACCACCUAAAGAAAGUCUUCCCUCUCAACCGUCUGGUCUGCAGAGUCCUGGAGGACUUCCUCCUCAACAGAACACUUUUCCUGCUUCCUCAGGAAGCUGGCCCUACGUGCAAGUAUCGCAGCCCUUACCAUCAACUCGUGCUCCCUUAAGUAGCCAGUCAUUACCACGUCAAGAUGGAAAAGAACAACAACACGUUUUUGGAGGGAAGCAAGUUCAAGGUCCUCAGCAAGCUCAGCCUUACAAGCAAACGCAGGUAGAUCAGGUAUGGACACCAACACAAACAAACCAAAACCCUCCCCAAGAACAGUCUCGUCGAGAACAGGCGAUUUAUCCAACAGGCAUUACUCGACAGGAUUCAACUGAUUAUAAAAACAAAAGUCAAUACCCAGAGCAAAGAAGAGGUCAAGUUUCCUCUUACCCUCCCUACAGUACUGGUGUCAGUGACCCCCCGCCAUCCCCAUCAGCUAGCCAACCGUACACGUUUAGUCAGGGGUCUGCUCCCUCAGCACCUCCUCUGGUUCAAGGAGUCAGACCCAGCCCAACAAGCGUACCAUCGUCUGCUUAUGCCACUAGUUAUUCCGUAUCUGUAGCUCAGGCACAGCUCAAUCAACAGCAGCAGAUGCAGCAGCUUCAAACGCAGAUGCUUCUUCAGCAGCAGCAGCUUAUUUUGCAGCAGCAGGAGCUGCUAAGGCAUCAGCAACAACAGCAGCAGCAUGACUCAGAUCAGGGUCACCUUGCUCAAUUGGUCCAGCAGGUGUUGCAACAGCAAACAAAAUUGGCUGAGAUGGAGCAAAAGCUGAAGGACAAAGAGGAACAUGAGAGCCAUGAGCAACACCAUGAGAAGGCUCAACCAAAGGAGGAUCAAAUGGAUCCUCGGCCUACCACAGUCAACAAAGAGGUAGCUGAAAAAGACCUUAAUUCGGCAUUACCUCAAAGUUCCAGCACUUUUAGUACCUCGUGGGGUAGUGGAUUUUCAGAUCAUUCUCAUGGCAAGCUUGACAUGGAGCAAGUCUUUGGUGACUUGACCAAGAAACAAUUAAAUGAAAUUUCUGAGAAAGGAAAACAUACUGAUGGGAAUGUUCAUGGCUCUAAGCUUGCUGGCCAUUCAGAUCCUGAUGCGCCAAAACACUCGGAAAAAGAAUUAGUUGGAGAUCAAAGUAUGAUAGCAAAGGGGGAAUCUGGAGAGAGAAAAGAGGGGGAAAGUGGAUCUCAUGAGGUAGAAGACAACGUAGAGAGUGAAUCUUCCAGCAACACAGAACAGAAAUUAGAACCUAACACUGCUGUUGAGUUGUCAUCUUCAAGUGAAAGCAAACCAGAGGUAAAACUUCAUGAAAAAGAACAUUCUGCGGAGGAGGACAAAGAGAAACGCAGACUUCAAGAAGUUGAGGAACAGAUCCAAAAGAUCAAAGAACUUCAAAAGAACGCUGCACCUCCUCUUCCUCCCAAGACAAAGUACUUGUACGAGCCGGGGAAAAUGCCGGAAAUGGGUCAGCUGCCCAUCAAGCCUCCUGAUACAACGACAGCUGUAGACCCAAACAAGCCCUCUUUACAUCGCCAGUGUGGUCAUUACUAUGAGACACAGAAGUCGAGCAUUGGCCAGGAUGAGAACAAUGAGUGUCUGAGUGAAGAAGAAUACAUUCAGAGAUUGUCUCGCUCUGUGGAGACGUUUGAUGCUCUUGUUGUGAGCUUGGAACAGAAACGUGAAAAUACACCCUACAAUGGAUUCAUUCAUGAGUGGAAGGUACUAGAGAGAAUGCAGGAAAGUGAUUCUGCCGUCUUCUCCACUCAGGCAGCCACUCUCAACCCAUCUAAGAACAGAUACAGAGACAUCUUACCUUGGGACCACACAAGGGUGACACUAAAUACAAAGGAGGGGGGAGACUACAUCAAUGCUAACGUCAUCAAGAACGUGACACCUCUGUCUCCAGAUUACAUUCUUACCCAGGGCCCCAUCGCUGCUACACUGGGAGACUUUUGGUUGAUGGUCUGGGAACGAAAAUCUCCUGUCAUUGUGAUGCUCACUAAAGAAGUAGAAGGAAAUCGCCUUAAGUGCCAUCAGUACUGGCCCAUUGAUGAAGGUCACACAGUUGUCUAUGGAGCAAUCAGAGUCCAUAUGAGAAGCUUGACUCACUGCCAGGCCUGGAUCGAACGUAUUAUGCACGUGCAACAUGCUGAGAGUGAUGAAGUGCUUGUAGUGACACACUUGCAAUUUAUUGGUUGGCCUGAUCAUGGAGUUCCUCAUUCACCCUCAGACCUGCUGACAUUUUUGUCAGAGGUGCAUAAUCAUCACAAGGAAAAGGACCCUCACGCUGAGAGGCCCCUUGUGGUGCACUGCAGUGCUGGUGUUGGUCGUGCAGGAACCUUCUGUGUUAUUUACAGUGCAAUCCGUGAACUUAGCGGCACAGGAAAUAUUGUGAACGUUCCUAAACUUGUCAGAACCUUUAGGAAGCACCGCAAGUUUACAGUACAGAAAAAGGAGCAGUAUGAAUUCUGUUACCGAGCGAUUCUGUUUUACGCAAACCAGUUUAUCCAGUUAGAGAAAACUGCUAUUGCGUUCAAGAAAUCAAAGGCGGCAUCAGCUGCCAAGCUUGACGACAUCAAUGCUUCGUCAUCGAUAACGUCACUUAACGGCAGUGGUCAGCGGAAACCGGACGAAGUCAGCUUUUUGGGAGAAAUUUCUGAUGAGGAGAGCUCUGACAGCGACAGUGAAUUUGACAAGGUGGAAGAGGACGACGUAACUGAAAGAAAAAAUCUCCAAAGUUCCGGGUCAGGUGCACGUAAUGCCGAGAUUGGCGAAAGUGAAAAUAAUAACACAGAUAAGGAAAGCUCGGAGCUGAAAGCGUCAUCAAACGUGAUUGAAAAUUCAUCUAGCACUGAUAAAGAUACUAUGGACACUCCUGAAGAGUCGUCAAUUAUCGAGAAAAGCGAGGGAAAGAACGAACUACAAGAUCUAUCUCAAUUGACAAGUGAUUCUGUCGGCGCUGAUAAGAACUCGCCGGUCGCUUGUGAUGCGUCGUCGGGUAACACAGAUCUUUCAGCUGUUAUUGACGACGGUGAUGGAAUGAUUGUAGUGCAAGAUUCAUCACAAUUAAGUAAUCAUUCUGUCGACCCUGAGAAAGGAAAGUCUGGCGUUGAUGAAUCGCCAGCAAGUGGUACAGAUCUUUCAGCGAUGGCGGAUAAAAGUGGAGGAAACAUGUCAGUGGAGGAUGAUUCAUCCGCGAAAAGAGAGGAUUGCAGCAGUGGUGAAAAAAGCUGUGUUCAAGAUAAUGCUCAUGAAUUUGUGGAGGGUAGCUUAGGAGGGGAAGUAACUGUUGCAGAUGGAUGCAAGGAUAAGGAAGUCAACGUUGAAGAAACCAAGACGGAAUGUUGUUCCGAGCAAAAAGAAAUGGACGGAACAGUAGAAGAGACAAAACGGGAGAAUGUAAAUGAAAGAAAUGAAAAAGAACAGGCAAAUGUUCAAGCAUCGGUUUGUAGAAAUGACAAACAGUAUGCUGAAAGCGAUUUAUCAGUUGAGACAAAUAAUUCACAAGAGCAGUCAGAAGAAGAGCUGCCUAGAGAACAAGGAAACGGAAAGGAUCAAACAAUCUCACCAUAUGAAAUGGAGAAACAGAAAGAAAAUGAAGUGCAAGUUCACGGAGAAAGCCGACAAGACGAGAACAGCAAAGAACAGAGGAGAGAGGAGACACGUGAACAGCAGAAUAGUAAGAAUACAGAACUGAAUUAUGAACAAGAUAGUGCAAAUGAACCUGCAAGUGUUACAAAAGGCAGCGAAGAUGAACUUCAAGCAAUUGAAAACGAAAACGAAGUAAAAGGACAAGCAGCGACAGGAACAGACAGCCAGGUUGAAAGUACGCAAGACAGUGACAACAUGCCAACAAACGAAACUUAGCUCGAAUGGAAUAUAAAUUCUUCCUCUCAAAUGAAGUCUCUCUUAGCUUUCGUUUUUAAAGGAGAAGGAAGAAAAUUCUGAGGUGAUCCAAUAGAUGCACCUUUAAACAUAUUUAAUGUUUUUGUGAAUGCUUUUGUAAGAACGGAGUUUGUUGGGGACUGGUAACUAUAGUUUUAAACAGUCUAUGUGUUGGCAAAUCCUCGUUGAGGUUGGGUGGCUUUCCGUUCUGUAAUGUCGGUAUUCCGAAAGAAAAACGCAUUUUUCUAUCCAGCUGAUUAAAAACGUCAUGUGACGUUCACCACUGAGACACAAAAUGUGUUUUACCGCGUGUGUGGCUGGUGGACUGGGCUUCGCUUAAAUGACUCACGAUGCACUGUGCUAUUACCAGUCCUCUCAGGCUCCGUUUAGUGAUAGAUACAUUGUUAAAAUUAUUUCAAGACAAG